AUCGCCGUGCAGGGCCUCAGCCCGCGGCAGCAGGUCACCCUGCGGGCGUCCCUGCGGGACGAGGCGGGCGAGCUCUUCGAGGCCCACGCCCGGUACCAGGCGGCGGAGGACGGGGAGCUGGACGUGGCCCGCUGCCCCGCGCUGCCGGGAGGCAGCUUCAGCGGCCUGGAGCCCAUGGGGCUGCUGUGGGCGCUGCAGCCCCGCAAGGCCUUCUGGCGGCUGGUGAAGAAGGACGUGCAGACCCCUUUCCUGCUGCGGCUGGAGGUGCUGGAGGGCCACGGGGAUGACUCCGGGCGGCUCCUGGCCCAGGCCCAGCACGAGCGGGCGUUCCUGCGCGACGGGGUGCGCAGGGUGCCGGUGCGGGACGGG